AUGACGGGCCACUGGUCCACCCAGGGCUGCCGCCUGCUCGACACCAACGCCACCCACACCUCCUGCGCCUGCAGCCACCUCACCAACUUCGCCGUCCUCAUGGCCCACCGCGAGAGCUACGAGGGGCGGCUGAACGAGGUGCUGCUCUCGGUCAUCUCCUGGGUGGGCAUCGUGGUGGCCCUGCUCUGCCUCGGCGUCUGCAUCUCGGCCUUCUGCUGCCUGCGGGGGCUGCCCUCGGACCGCACCACCAUCCACAAGAACCUCUGCAUCAGC